CAAUUUUGAAUUAUUUUCCGUUUUUUUUGUUUUUUUCCCUCACCGAUUGCAUCGACUUGGCCAUGACGCAAUGAAAUAGCUUGGCUUUCCAGGUUUACUUUCCCAAAGUUUUCUAGGAUGCUCCCUUUUGGCCAAAAAAGAGACCUUUCCUAUUUUUCCCCUUUUUCUUUCCAAGCCACAUCCUUGCAUCCUGAGGACUUUUCCCCCCAUUGGUUUCCGAAGCCUCCAAGCUGGGACUUUCAACCUUCUUGGCAACUUUUGACAGUACUAAAUACCUGGGCAUAGGACCUCCCAGCAACCCCAGCUGGACCUUUUUGCUUUUCCUUUGCUCCUUUUCCCAAAUCGGAAAGAUGAUGAGGAACACCGAGGAGGAAUGCCAAGGCGAGGAAGAGGCUUCCUUCCACAGCAACGCUUCCAGCCACUCGGCAUCAGAGGAGGCUUCGGGAUCGGAUUCAGCAAGCCCAUCCGAUAGCGAGCAAGCCAGCGAACAUGGCAGCGAGUCCAAUAGCAGCUUGGAAAGCUCAGAAAGCCAGUCGGAAUCUGAAAGCGAGUCGACAGGGUCGAAAUCCCAGCAGACGCCUCCGGAAGCCAAAGAUAAGCCGGCCUCCAAGAAAGAAAGGAUAGCUGAUGUCAAGAAAAUGUGGGAAGAAUAUCCCGAUGUUUAUGGGGUGAGGAGGUCAAACCGAAGCAGGCAGGAGCCCUCCCGUUUUAAUAUAAAUGAAGAGACGGAGGUAAUGAGGCCCAGGAAAGUUCAGAAUCAGACUGAAAAUGUCAAAGUUGGAAGUCCAAAGGGAAAUAGUGAAUCCGAGAGCGAAAGCCCCAAAAGAAGAAGCCAGAAGCCAACGAGGAAAAGAGACAAAUGGAAGACGGAUGGGACUGAGGAUGAUGAUGAAGAUGAAGAUGGACAGGAACAAGAGACCAGUGCUGACAGUGAACCUGAGCAGAAGAAAGUCAGAGCCAGGAGACCUGUCCUGAGGAGAGCAGUGGUCAAAACGAUUGCAAAGAAAGCCCUUAGGCCCCAACGUGGGAAGCGGCGAAGGAAAACGGAGUCCUCUGAGGAUGAUGAUGAUGACGAUGAUGAUGAAGCGCCCAAAAGGCAGACCCGGCGGCGAGCGGCCAAAAAUGUCAGUUAUAAAGAGGAUGAUGACUUUGAGACCGAUUCCGAUGACCUGAUUGAGAUGACUGGAGAAGGAGUCGAAGAGCAGCAGGACAACAGCGAAACAAUUGAGAAAGUGCUCGAUGGGAGGAUUGGCAAAAAAGGAGCCGUCGGGGCUUCCACCACGGUCUAUGCCACCGAAGCCAAUGGCGACCCUUGUGCCGACUUUGACCCUGAGGCGGAGGAAGGGGAGGCCCAGUACCUGAUCAAGUGGAAGGGCUGGUCGCACAUCCACAGCACGUGGGAGAGCGAGGACUCCCUCCAGCAGCAGAAAGUGAAAGGCCUGAAGAAGCUGGAGAACUUCAAGAAGAAAGAGGAAGAAAUCAAGCAAUGGCUUGCAAAGGUGAGCCCAGAAGACGUGGAGUAUUAUAACUGCAAGCAAGAGUUGGCUGCUGAGUUGAACAAGCAAUACCAGAUUGUGGAAAGAGUGAUCGCUGUGAAGACAAGCAAGUCGGCAACACCUGGCUCUGAAUUUCCAGUUCAUAACCGCAAGCUGUCCUCUUCCUCCAAUGAACCCGAAUACCUUUGCAAGUGGAUGGGGCUCUCGUAUGCCGACUGCAGCUGGGAGGACGAAGCCCUGAUUUGCAAGAAAUUCCAGCAUUGCAUCGACAGCUUCAACAGUCGGAACAACUCCAAAACCAUGCCCACUCGGGACUGCAAGGUGCUGAAGCAGAGGCCUCGGUUUGUGGCAUUGAAGAAACAACCCUCUUAUAUUGGCGGGGAGAACCUGGAACUCCGGGAUUAUCAGCUAGAAGGCCUCAACUGGCUGGCCCAUUCAUGGUGCAAGAACAACAGCGUCAUCCUAGCUGACGAGAUGGGCCUGGGGAAGACCAUCCAGACGAUCUCCUUCCUCUCUUACCUCUUCCACCAGCAUCAGCUGUAUGGCCCCUUCCUGAUCGUGGUCCCCUUGUCAACGCUGACCUCCUGGCAGAGGGAGUUUGAGAGCUGGGCCCCAGAGAUCAACGUGGUCGUAUACAUCGGGGAUCAGAUGAGCAGGAAUGCUAUCCGUGAAUACGAGUGGGUCCAUGCUCAGAGCAAACGGCUGAAAUUCAACGUACUCAUCACAACGUAUGAGAUUCUUCUGAAGGACAAGACUGUUUUGGGGAGCAUUAACUGGGCCUUCCUGGGUGUGGAUGAAGCCCACCGCUUGAAGAAUGACGACUCCUUGCUGUACAAGACGUUGAUCGACUUCAAGUCCAACCACCGGCUGCUCAUUACAGGGACUCCUCUGCAGAACUCCCUCAAAGAGCUCUGGUCCCUCCUGCAUUUCAUCAUGCCGGAGAAGUUUGAAUUCUGGGAAGAUUUUGAAGAUGAGCAUGGGAAGGGGCGAGAUAACGGGUACCAGAGCCUCCACAAAGUCCUGGAGCCCUUCCUCCUGCGCAGGGUGAAGAAGGAUGUGGAGAAGUCUCUCCCCGCCAAAGUGGAGCAGAUUCUUCGGGUCGAGAUGUCUGCCCUCCAGAAGCAGUAUUACAAGUGGAUCUUAACAAGGAACUACAAAGCCCUUUCCAAGGGGACCCGUGGCAGUACUUCUGGCUUCUUGAACAUAGUGAUGGAGCUGAAGAAGUGUUGCAACCAUUGCUAUCUGAUCAAAUCUCCUGAGGAGAAUGAGAGGGAGAACAACCAGGAGCUGCUCUUGUCUCUGAUCAGGAGCAGCGGGAAACUCAUCCUCUUGGACAAACUGCUGAGCCGGCUACGGGAAAGGGGCAACCGAGUCCUCAUCUUCUCCCAAAUGGUGCGGAUGCUGGACAUCUUGGCAGAGUACUUAACCAUUAAGCACUACCCAUUCCAGCGGCUGGACGGCUCGAUCAAAGGCGAGAUCCGGAAGCAGGCUCUGGAUCACUUCAACGCCGAGGGCUCAGAGGACUUCUGUUUCUUGUUGUCCACACGAGCCGGAGGACUGGGCAUUAACUUGGCAUCGGCAGACACUGUGGUGAUCUUUGAUUCGGACUGGAACCCACAGAAUGACUUGCAGGCCCAGGCCCGGGCUCACCGGAUCGGGCAGAAGAAGCAGGUGAACAUCUACCGUUUGGUUACAAAAGGGACAGUGGAAGAGGAGAUCAUUGAAAGAGCCAAGAAGAAGAUGGUGCUGGACCAUCUGGUGAUACAGCGCAUGGACACCACCGGCCGGACCGUUCUGGACAACAACUCUGGAAGAACCAACUCAAACCCUUUUAACAAGGAAGAGCUGACUGCCAUCUUGAAGUUUGGGGCAGAAGACCUCUUCAAGGAACCGGAAGGGGAAGAAUCAGAGCCUCAGGAAAUGGACAUUGAAGAAAUCCUUCGCUUGGCGGAAACACGAGAGAACGAAGCCUCCAACAGCGCAACGGAUGAGCUUCUCUCCCAAUUUAAGGUUGCAAAUUUUGCCACAAUGGGAGAGGAGGAAGCCGAGCUGGAGGAGAGCUCUCAGAAAGACUGGGAUGAUAUCAUCCCUGAGGAGCAGCGGAAGAAAGCGGAAGAGGAGGAGCGGCAGAAGGAGCUGGAGGAGAUAUACAUGCUUCCCAGAAUCCGCAGCUCUGCCAAAAAGGCUCAAGCCAACGACAGCGAUUCGGACAACGAGAUGAAGAGGAAGCUGGAGCAGAGGUCUUCUGCCUCCGAGAGCGAGACCGAGGAUUCGGACGACGACAAGAGGCCCAAGCGCCGAGGGCGACCCCGUAGCGUCCGGAAGGACACGGUGGAAGGGUUCACUGACACCGAAAUCAGGAGGUUCAUUAAAGCCUAUAAGAAGUUCGGAGUCCCUCUGGAGCGGCUGGAGUGUGUUGCCCGAGAUGCGGAGCUGGUGGACAAGUCGGUGGCUGAUCUGAAGCGUUUGGGGGAGCUUCUCCAUAACAGUUGUGCCCUAGCCAUGCAGGAGUACGAAGAGCAGCUGAAAGAUAACCCAGAAGCAGGCAAAGGACCAGGGAAGAGAAGGGGUCCCACCAUCAAGAUUUCUGGGGUUCAGGUGAACGUCAAAGCCAUCGUCCAGCAUGAAGAAGACUUUGCGAUGCUAAACCAGACCAUUCCCACCGACCCAGAGGAGAGAGCCAGGUUUCUACUGACUUGCCGAGCCAAAGCUGCCCAUUUCGAUGUCGAAUGGGGCUUGGAGGAUGACUCGCAUUUGCUGCUGGGAGUUUAUGAGCAUGGCUAUGGGAACUGGGAGCACAUCAAAUCAGACCCAGAGCUGAAACUCACUGACAAGAUCUUGCCAGUUGAGACGGACAAAAAGCCACAGGGCAAGCAGCUCCAGGCCCGGACUGACUAUUUGCUGAAACUGCUCAAGAAAGAUAUGGAGAAAAAGGAUACAGUGAAAGAGAUGGAGGAGGUCAAGGUGAGAAAGCGGAAGCCCCGUGCAAAGAAGGACACCAAGUCUCCCAAAGGCAGGGAUGAGCAGAGGAAUGAAGCCUCUCCUGGGCAUUCGGACAACCAUUCGGAAGAAGGCGAGGUCAAGGAGGAUGGGCGGGAUAAGAGUCCUGCAAAGAAGAAGCUGAAGAAGAAAGAGAGCAAGGAGAACAAAGACAAAGCGGCAGCCCUCAAGAAAGAAAAGGAGGGUGAGAAGGAGAGAAAGAAGGCCAAGGACAAAAAAGAGAAGCCGAAAGGCAGUGAGUCCAAAUUGGGAAAGAAAGUCAAGCGGUCUCAGGGCCCUGUCCACAUUACAGCCGGGAGUGAGCCCGUCCCUAUCGGUGAAGAUGAAGAGGAUGACUUGGACCAGGAGACCUUCAGCAUAUGCAAAGAGAGGAUGCGGCCUGUCAAGAAAGCUCUGAAGCAGCUGGACAAACCGGACCGAGGGCUCUCGGUUCAGGAACAACUGGAGCACACCCGCAGCUGCCUUCUGAAGAUUGGCGACCGCAUCUCCGAGUGCUUGAAAGAGUAUUCCGACCAGGAGCACACCAAGCUCUGGAGGAGGAACCUGUGGAUCUUUGUGUCCAAGUUCACGGAAUUUGAUGCGAGGAAGCUGCACAAGUUGUACAAGAUGGCGCACAAGAAGCGGUCCCAGGAUGAGGAGUUGGAGCAGCAGAAGAAAGAAGAUGCCACGGGAGGCAAGAAGAUGUUUCGCCCAGAGCCCUCUGGGUCCAACUGGGAUUCUGUGAUGUCUUCCUUGCCCCACGCCACUCCUCCUCCUCCUCCGAAGGUCCACCAUCCACUGCCCCAUCCUUCCCAGAUGCACGGGCACCAGCGUGACAACUAUAACCACCCAAAUAAAAGGCACUUCAGUAAUUCGGACCGAAGCGACUGGCAGCGGGACCGCAAGUUCAACUACGGCGGCAACACCAACCAAGGAUGGGGUGGAGAACGACACCAUCCAUACGAUCAGCACUGGUACAAAGAGCAGCACUAUGGAGACCGCCGCCCCCGCGGGGACCCUCAUCGCAGCUCGGGGAGCUACCGGCCAAACAACCCCUCCCGCAAGCGGCCCUAUGAACAGUACAAUAGUGACCGGGACCACCGGGGCCACCGCGACUACUAUGACCGGCACCACCACGAUUCCAAGCGGCGAAGAACCGAAGAGUUCCGUUCCCAGAAUUAUCACCAGCAAGAGUUCAGGCGGAUGUCUGACCAUCGGCCCCCCGUUGGCUACCAUGGCCAGGGGCCUUCAGACCACUACCGCCCUUUCCACCCGGAGAAGCCUAGUGAUUAUAAGCAGAUGUUCUCUGCUCCUCACUCCCAGCUCUCAGAUCCUCGCUCCCCGCCUUCACAGAAGUCCCCACAUGAUGCCAAGUCUCCCAUGGAUCACCGAUCCCCCCUGGAUAGGUCUUUAGAUCAGAAGAGCAAUCCUGAAUAUAAUUGGAGCAGCCGGAAAACAUAAGAACCCGGAGUUGAGAUGUUGCCAGAGGGAGAACUACCUCUGAGCUCACUUGUUCUGCGGCAAGCAGCAGUGCCCACUGGUUCAAUAUGCCCAGGACCAGAGACUAUGAAUGUGCUGCUCUUGGCUCCGUGUUUCUGAAGGGGAGCAACACCGGAGCUGGACGCGGUUGGGCAUCUGGAUUUCAUCCCACACUGGCUGGAUGUUGGGCAUUGGCUUCUCGGCAUGCCCCUGGGGCCCAUUGAGAAGGAAAGGCUCCCCCGAGUGCUGGUUUUUGUUUUUGAAUGUUGAGAAGGCUGACUUGGACUCCCAUGAAUAUUUCAUGUGGCUUGGACGGGUGACUUCUGAGGACAUGGAUGGAGCGGAAAGCAGAAAGUUGAGGGAGUCUGUCAAGAUUGAAGGUGCAACUGGAGACAGAAGGGGCAUCAAGUGGCUCCCUGAAAGAGAUUUGAAGCCAAAGAAGUGGAAGGAAAGGCAGAGCAGGAAGGAGACGCAGCUGCCUUGAAAGAUCCCACUGUCGGCUUGAGAGAGUUUUGUUGAUAGGACUUCUCUUUUGGUUUGUGAUGCCUCCCAAAAGGAAAAAAAAGACAUGGGGACACUGCCCCACCACACUCCCCAAACCUAUUGUUUUCUUUCCUGCAUUUUUCUCUCAUCCCCUUCAUAUCAAUUUCUCAGAAGAACCAAGUACAAGAAUAGGUUUUAUUGAGAUUGUCAGAAACCUUCUGAAUUUUGGGGACCUGUCUGGACAUGCCAAAAAAGACACCUCCACCCGCUUCUUCCCCUCUUUACUCUUCCAUAUAGAAAUGAAGGACUGGGCGAUGGGCCUCAAUGGGGCAUCAUUGGCGUUUCCUGCCGGUGGUUCUUGUGCCCUUGUGUUUCUUCCUCUCGGACUCUUGAAAAGAGCCUUGCGUCUGGCACAGACUUGUUUGCACAGGGAAAUAAAUGCCCUUCAAGGAACGGAACAGAGCUUGUGUUUGAUGCUUUGUGUUUGUGCGAAUCACAAGAUGCCCACCCUUACGUGUCAUGUUGGGAUACGGAAAGCACUUCUUCACCCUUCGAAGGGACAAUGUGAGCAGCAGAUGGACAUGCCAUUUUGUAUGGUGACGCAACAAGGCCAAAGUUGUGCAUUUGGCGAAUCCUUGGAGCAAUAGCUACUCCAUAAACUUUUUCACAAGUAGCAACUCCAAAGGAUCAUUGCUGGCCAUUCAUGGGGAGUCAGGAAUCUCCUCUUUGGAACGCCAGUCCCUGGUUUUGGUAAAUAUCCAAAGAGGAAGCUCACCAAGCUAUUCCAAAGUGUUCUGUCAACAACCAGCUAUGGAUUGAGGCUGAUAGGUUGGCUUGGGAGAAGCCCUAGAUUUGUUGCGGUUUUCCUGCGAAAUGAGAGACAAUCUCUGCUCCACAUCCAACACACACUUAUGCACUUUAUGCCCAAUGGGCAGGAGCUGGGACCAUUUGAUUAGGCCGCUUCCAAAAGGCUUAAGUGUUGGAUGGACCUGCAAAGGAGAAGGUGUGCAAACUUUUGAGUGCUUUGCCCUCGGCGUUUGGAAGGGUUUCAGGGUUGACGCAUGGGAUUGCACAUUCCAGGAACCACGUUUCGCCGCAUUUCGCUGAACUGUGUUGGUAGAAAAGACACUGUGGUAUUUCCUUUGAAGGUCCUUUCAUUUUCACAUAGGGCAGUUGUUGAUUUUUUUUAAAAAAAUGUCAAUUUCUUACACAUUGCCCUGAACUUAAACUGUGAAGGCAGGGACAGAGAAAGAGACUCUGCACUUUGUAAAGAAUGUGUUCGUUUGAGCAUUUCUCCUGCCAUUCUGUCAUGAAAUGUCACUACAAUGAUGAACUUUGUAUUCCCGUGCCAUAAUGUUGCCGUUCGCAAGAGGAUAGAUAAAAAAUGGUUGCUUUUGUAAAGAAAACCUUACAUUUAAAACAGUCCUAAAAAGUAUUAUGGGGAAGGAAUUUUGCCCCAAAUGGAAGGAGGUUUCCAAGUUGUGCACAAAUCAAGAGAGAGGGGUGUGUUUUGGAGAAAGACUCUGUAUGUCUUUGGGAAGGAAGAAAUUCACCUGUGGCUUUUCUCCUCCCCAAAUAUGGCAUGUUACCUAAAGGGCAGGGGAAUAUUUAUUGGGUUUUGUACUUUUAUACAGACAGGGAAAGACACAUGAGAAAAAUGUCUAUCUAUAGUGUUUCCAUACCAUUAAUUCUAGACCAACCUUGGGAGAGAAAAAUAAAUAGCAAUGGGAAGUCCAUACCACUAGAGGAGAAGGAGGCAGGAAAGCAGAGGGAAGCCCUGACAUGUUUCCAAAGUUACUUAUUUUGGCUUUCCUCCUCUUUCCAACUACUCAAACAUCUUGGGGUAAGCUGACCUUUCCUUUUCUGCUGUUUUGCCAAGAGCAGACUUAAACACGUACUGUUUGCAAUGAGCCAAAAGUCUGGGAAGAGCGUUGGACUGUUGACCAGUUGAGAUGGAGUCUCCAUAAAUUUGGGAUUUAUUAGAAAAUAACGUGUGGCCCCCAGCUUUCCUCCGCAUAGCAGUCUUGUCCUCUACUAUCUAUUUCCCCCAUCCAAUGUCCAGAGCUUGGGAGAACAUUGGCUCAUUAAAACUAUGGACUUAUUGGAGGGGAAACAAACAAACAAACAAGCCAGUCCCGUCACCGAAACAAACAAAACAAAAACAGUCAUUCAUAUUAAUUUAUAUUUGUGUCAACGCUUUGCCAGUGUCCGAGUGAUUUCUGAUGUAAAUAAGUUGUUUAUAAAGUAUGUAUUAAAAAGUUUUUUCUUACGCUGUAAAACAGGUUUACUUUGGAUUCUUCUAUAUUAAAAUGUGAGUUGGAUGUUUUCACAAA